AUGAGUGAAUACGGUAACAAGAACAAAAAGACAUUUGAAGAUGUCGAAUUACCCACAAAUCCCAACCUUCCGGCCUGGGUCAUUACACCCAAGGAAGAGAAGGUGAUCUUUGACAGAUGGAGGAAGAAGGCAUUCGCCAAAUGUGACGAUCUCAUCAAAGCAUACGUUGAGUGUUCCAACAGCUACAAGAAUCCUUUUGAGGGUAUCAAAAAUUGCGAGAAAUUCAACGACGCCCAAUUAGCCUGUGUUGCUCAAUACCAGAAGAAAGAGUACUUAGAUAUUGAGAGAGAUAUCAUGAUAGAUGAAAAGAUAGCGAAGAAGAAAUUGUACAAACAGCACUUAAAGGAGUUAGAGGCCCAGAAGGCGCAAAAUUAG